AUGUCGGGAGUGUGGAUGUUCAAUAAUGGCGUCGUUCGGCUAGUGGAGAAUCCUGGAGCUGAGAUGAACAUUGACAAAACGAAACGAAAGGUUCUGGUUUAUACUCCAAGCAACGAAGACAUAACGUCGUACUCAGAUCUGGAACGACAUCUAUGCGCACUUGGCUGGGAACGUUACCACGGGGAUACUACUCUCCUUCAGUUCCACAAAAGAUUCACCACUCAUCUCAUCUCACUUCCUAUGGAUUUCUCCAGCUUUUCUUCGAAUUACAUGUAUGACAUCAUCGUCAAGAACCCUAACAUGUUCAAAGUCAGGGACAUGUAG